AUGGUUCCAUCAGCAAUUGUUUAUACAAAUGCUUUUACAGUAUUUCCAGCAGAUGAUGAAGCAAAUAUUGGUUUUAUGGAUAUGACUAAACCACCAAUAAGUGAUCCUACGAAACAACCUCAAACAACAACAUCAUUACCUCCAUCAAAUAUAAGUAGUUCAAAAGAAAAAAAUUUAAAAAUGAUAUUUGAUAUAGAACCAGUAGGAUCAUUUAAAAAAUCAUCAUUCAAUAAAAAACUAUAG